GUGAGUACCUAAAGUGACAGUCAAGUCACACGGUACAGUUGCGAGUUCACGCUCAUUGACCCACUGUGACUCUGCCUUCAUUUCCGGGUCGUGCGACACACUCAUCGCGCCUCCUCUAGUGCCGACUUUAUUCAGCAAAUGCCUGACCAGCUGAGAAGAAUAUGUGCCAGCGCGGAGGCCCUCUUGGAUUCGGGCCUUUUCAUUCCGGUGCUGGUAGUCGCGAUGCUGUGCCCCAGGGAUACGACGCCGCAGGACCGGGUGAUGUGACUACUUAAAGGAAUGCUGAACGGUCUCCACUCCGUCAUCCCUUUACCAUUGGGACAGCCAUCCAGCGAAAUCGCAACUACUCGAACAUCGCAUUGCUGCUCAGCACAAGCGAUCACUUGGCCACACCUCUCCAUCAAGCAAGGGACGCGAAGCUCAUCCUCCGAUCAGGGCAUCAGCUCCGCGCAUCACGAUGUCCACUUCCGGCCGACGAACAUUUCGUGCCGAACAUGUUGGCUCCUUCCUGCGCCCCAGAGCGGUGCACGAUGCUCGAGCAGCAUUCGCCGCCCAAAAGCUGGACGCAGCUGGUCUUCGCGCUGCGGAAGAUGCGGCGAUCCGGGAGCACAUCUCUACGUGUCUCUCGCUCGGUAUCAAGGACUUGACGGAUGGAGAGUUCCGCAGACAAUACUUUCACAUUGAUUUCCUCAAGCACCUAUCCGGUGUCUCGGUGCAGAAGAAUAGCCUCGAGCAACAAGAGGGUCACAUUCCUCCAACGUUGGCCGUAGUGGGCAAGAUCAAGCACGAGCGCGACAUUGAAGUCGAGAACUUUGAAUUUCUCAAGAGCAUCGUGCCCAGGGCGCAAUGGGACGGCAUCAAGGUCACCAUACCAAGUCCGACGAUGCUGCACUUCCGCGGAGGGAGGAAGGCCAUCGAUGAGCAGGUCUACCCAGACCUCGACGACUUCUUUCAGGAUCUGGCAGCGGCAUACAGAGCUGAAAUAGACGCGCUGUACAAGGCUGGGUGCCGCUACCUGCAACUUGACGACACCAACUUGGCCUACCUCACAGACCCAAAAAUGAGGGCAGACGCAGCGGCUAGAGGCGAAGAUCUUGCCUCCUUGCCACUCCGCUACGCAGAGCUCAUCAACAAGGCCAUCCAAUCGCGACCGAAGGACAUGCUAGUGGGUAUCCAUCUCUGCAAAGGCAACUUCAAAAGCCAAUUCUUCGCAGCAGGCUCCUCAGAAGGCUAUGCGCCGAUCGCCGAAGCGCUCUUCGGCAAGCUUCAAGUGGAUGCUUAUUUCCUCGAGUGGGAGGAUCAAAGGUCUGGCGUGGACUUCUCCGUGCUUGGCGCUCGACCAGCAGGGGAGAAUGCCGUGCCGUACCUCGAUGCUAGCAGGACCGUGGUGUUGGGCUUGGUCAGCAGCAAGGUGGGCAAAUUGGAAGACAAGGAAGAGCUCAAGAGGAAGCUGCAUGAUGCUGCCAAGUUCGCUCCAGCUGGGUUGGAACAGCUUGCAAUCAGCCCCCAGUGUGGUUUCAGCUCUACGGUGCAUGGCAACUCCAUCACAAGCGACGAGCAGUACGCCAAGUUGAGGCUCUGCAAGGAGGUGGCAGAGGAGGUCUGGGGAAGCGCCUGAGCGAGAUGCCCCUGAAGGGAUAUCCCAGGCGUUUAGAGGCAGCAUGAACCAAGCAUGUAGCCGACCGACCUACGAAAUGUCGAGCUGCAGGAGCGACGGUCUCAACGCUGACUCGCUACGACUAGCACUUGCGAGACGAGAUGCCAACCCCACGCUGUCUGGAACAAGUGUGAAAUGUAUGCAAUGCUGACGGAGGGAGGUCAAAUGCCCG